AUGGACAAGAGUUUAUCUCAUGAAGUUUGGUUUCUAUCUACACAUCAUAAUCAGAUAUCAUUAUCAGGGCGCAUUGAAUAUGCCAUUUCCAUUUUUCAAUAUUUUUAUUAUCCUAUCACGGCUAUCGUUGGUAUCCCUGUUAAUGUAGUGACGAUCUUCGUCCUGCUUUAUAAAGAUUGUGGAUUGUCUCCGUGUGUCAGACGUUACCUCGCGGCGAUGGCAGUAGCGGAUCUACUGGUCAUUAUCCUCGACCUGAUAUUGAGACACAUUCCCAUUGUUUUUAAGGAACAGUUUUAUUUCCUGUGGUACAUUCGUAUGUGCAAUUUCCAUGCCGUCCUGCUUUAUGCAGCCACUGACUGUUCUGUCUGGUUCACCAUUACUUUCACGUUUGAUCGAUUUGUGGCCAUUUGCUGCCAGAAGUUGAAAAGUAAAUAUUGCAGAGAGAAAACAGCGGCUGUGGUUCUGGGAACAGUGACUGUGCUGAGCUGUUUAAAGAACAUUUUCUGGUAUUUUAUGCUCUCAGGUCGGUAUACAUUGAGCAAUGUUCCCUGGUUUUGUCAUGCGUCACUCAGUGUUUAUUUCUCUCGUGUCUGGGUCACAAUCGAGUUCCUCCACCACGUUCUAACCCCGACUCUCCCAUUUCUCAUGAUUCUGUUGCUCAAUGUUUUCACCGUCAGACACAUUUUAGUGACCAGCAGAACCCGCAGGAGACUCCGGGUUCACGCCAAUGGGAAGAUUCACAGAGACACGGAAAUGCAGAGCCGAAAGAAGUCCAUCAUUUUAUUGUUUGUGAUCUCCGUGAAUUUCAUCCUGCUCUGGUCAAUGUUAAUGGUGUAUUCUAUUUGGAUUCGGAUGUAUAACUUUGGGUAUACGUCUUUCAUUCUGGAUCUUUUUGUGAUGGAGUUGGGCUUCAUGCUGCAGCUCCUCAGUUGCUGCACAAACACCACGAUUUAUGUCGUGACCCAGACUAAGUUCAGAGAGCAACUGAAGAAUGUGCUGAAAUAUCCCUUUACUCAAAUUAACUGA